UGCAAUUCGCAUUACGUAUCGCAUUUCGCUGCGUUCUUCAUCGUUGUGGGAGCCAAGACAUCCGCCGGUAAGAGUUGUAUGGCAUUUUCGCUUUUGUCAAAACCGGAGGUCCGCUUCGAGAAGCAGUCGCUCGCAGUCUUUCGGCGUUCAGCAUUCGCUGGUUCGUCCGUAUUGUUUUAUGAAUUGGCGUGUGGAUGACUGGGGACGGAACCGACCGCAUAUCCACUCUAGGAGCUUCUGCGCGGCCGGCCCGAAGGCAGUCGAUGGGCACUUCAGUGAAGUACCCAGAGGGGUUCGCUGGGUUGUAUGAAAGGAUGGAUAUUAUGGUAAUGAUCCUUCCGCAGGUUCACCUACGGAAACCUUGUUACGACUUCACCUUCCUCUAAAUAGUGAGGUUUAAUCAACUUCUCAAAGCACGUUCGCCGUGAAGCUUGCGUGCUCCAAUCCGGAGAUUUCACCGAACCAUUCAAUCGGUAGGUGCGACGGGCGGUGUGUACAAAGGGCAGGGACGUAA